GUCUCAAGCAAUUGCUACGGGUCUGAGCAAACAAAUCACAUAAUAUCUUCCGAUCGUACCCCUCUCGAUUUGCCGUCACACAGACACGAUGGAGGACUUCAACAGUGAAACUGACAGCGACUACACCAGCUACUGGAGAGAUUGGUUUAUCUCCUCUCGUGGCAAUGAAUACUUUUGCGAAAUCGACGAGGAUUACCUCACGGAUCGCUUUAACUUGACCGGCCUGAACACCGAAGUCGCAUACUACCAGUACGCCUUGGACCUAGUGACGGAUGUCUUCGAUCUCGACGCAGACGACGAUCUUCGCGAGCAGAUUGAGAAGUCAGCACGCCACCUUUACGGCCUGGUCCAUGCGAGAUACAUUGUCACCACUCGCGGGCUUGCAAAGAUGGUCGAUAAACUAAAGCGCGGCGAUUUCGGCAAAUGUCCCCGAGUCAUGUGCGAGGGCCACCCCCUCUUGCCGAUGGGCCAGCACGACACGCCCAAUAUCAGCACGGUCCGUCUUUACUGCGCCAAGUGCGAGGACGUCUAUCACCCGAAGUCGUCUCGCCACGCCUCCAUCGACGGAGCCUACUUCGGCACCUCUUUCCACAGCAUGCUUUUCCAGGUGUAUCCUGCGCUGAUGCCGGAGAAGAGCAUUCGUCGCUAUGAGCCGCGCGUGUUCGGAUUCAAGGUGCACGCCAGCGCUGCCUUGGCUCGCUGGCAGGAUCAGUAUCGCGAAGACAUGAAGACGACUCUUCGCGAUGUUGGAGUAGAGGUCAAAUACAUAGAAGACGACAGCGAAGAUGAUCUGGAAGACGACGAUGAUGAGGCGAUCUCGGACACCAAAGAAGAGGAGAAGGUUAUCGGUGACGCUGCUUCGGGCCGCAUGGAUCUCGGCAAUUAAAGCAUAGCAGCGCCUCUUCUCUCUCUUCGUCUCUUCAUCC